AGAUCGUCUCUGCGAUGUCAACACGUUCAGUCUAACCGCAAAAAAUAAUUUUAAAACAUUAAAUUAAGUCAUAAUCUAGUAUUUAGAACGAAAAUAUAACCUUAAAUUAUUUAUUUUUUACAAAAAAUUGUGUUUUUUUAUAAACUAGUGCUGUGAUAUUUUGUAAAAUAGUGAGACACGAUGCGUUAUCUCCUAUUAGCAGUAUGCCUAGGCCUGGCCUGUGCCCAGACCACGAUCGACCCAUCAGUCCUCGAGGGUAUCUUUGGGACCCCACCGACCCCAAAACCAGUCAAUCCCGUUACACCGGGUUUAGAAGAUAUUACAGUGAAACCGACUGAAGGGACCUCAACAUUCACUGAUAAAAAUGGCGAGACGUGUCAGUGUGUGCCGUACUACCUCUGUGACGCAAACAAUGUUGGUGUCGACGUUAAUAACGCUUCGGUUACCGGCUGGGGCACAUUGGAUAUCAGGUUUGGAGAAGACAACGACAUAGACAGACAGUGUCAAGAGAGUGUGGAGGUCUGCUGUACCAUCCCCAAGGAUACUUCGGAGCAGCCCAAACCGAAGCCUAAACCCAAACCCGAGCCAGGCCAGGCUAAAGGAUGUGGUUACCGCAACCCCAACGGUGUUGGUGGAAUCACUGUCACUGGUGGAAGCGGUGCUGAAUCCCAAUUCGGCGAGUUUCCCUGGGUUGUCGCUAUCCUGGACAAGUACAACUCCUCGUAUGGAGGAGUCGGUGUGCUCAUACACCCGCAGGUGGUGAUGACUGGUGCCCAUAUUGCUCAAAGAUACGCCCCCGGAGGUAUGAAGAUCAGAGCUGGUGAGUGGGACACACAAACCAUCAAGGAGAUAUUCCCAUAUGAAGAGAGAAAUGUUCAGAACGUUGUUAUACAUGAAAACUUCAUGCCAAAAAGUUUGAAGAAUGACAUCGCAUUGCUAUACCUGGACAGCCCCUUACCUAUAUCGGAGUACAUCAACGUGAUUUGCAUGCCAGAACAGGACGAGGUCUUCGACAGCCAUAAGAACUGCGUCGCCAAUGGAUGGGGCAAGAGCCACUUUGGUCUCCAAAACCGUUAUGCCGUGAUCCUAAAGAAGGUGGAACUCGAUAUGGUGCCAUACAGCCGCUGCCAAUCUUUGCUGAGGAGGACCAGGCUUGGACAUAACUUCAAGCUCCAUAACAGCUUCGUGUGUGCUGGUGGAGAGGCUGGCAAGGACACCUGUCAGGGAGACGGUGGGGCCCCCUUAGCGUGUCCAUUUGGCAACAACAGAUACAAGCUCACUGGCCUAGUAGCGUGGGGGAUAGGAUGUGGAGACCAGGACGUCCCAGCAGUGUACGCCAACGUCCCAAUGUUCAGAAAUUGGAUGAAUCAAAAGUUAUCACUGUGGGGCAUCGCUGGGACUUAUUCUUAAGCGGUUAUCUACCUUAAAUUGUCUAUUUAGCAGUCGAAAUUUAAUAAUCGUUUUGAAAUCAAAAGUAGUAAUGUCGAAAAUUGAUCAACAUUUUGGAUUGAGUUGAGAUUGAUUAUUUAUUUCGACUUUUGACGAUUAUGUAGUUAAUUUAAACAAAAAAAUAUAUAAUUAAAAACAACAACAAAAAUGACAUACCACAGCACAUAGAGCUAUCAUAUUUUGUCAAUGUUUUCAAUAGAAAUUUCAACCAUAUUUUAAGUUGCUUAACCUCUGGUAUGUCGGAGCGUAGAUCUACGCGAGACACAAUGCGUUUGCUAUUGUGUCUCAUAUAUCGAUAGACAUGAGGUUGAAAAUCCGUUGACAGUGAAAUAAUAACUUUAUGAGCUGACGAGUUCGUCAAACACUACUAUUAAGGUACGAAUAGACUACGCUAUACAUUGAAUGAAUAAAUCGAAUGUCGCUGUAUAAAAACAAGUGUUUGCAAUUGGAAAAAUCAUUGUGAUAAUGAUAAUUAGUGCUGCAUCAGCCUCCGCACAUGAUCCGUAAAGUAUAAACAGUACAGACCUGAAUGAAAUGUUGUGUCGUAAUCUAUUCGUAACUUUUAUUUCGGAUGUAACUCAAGAACAAAAAUACUGUUAGCAAAUCUUGACGGCUUAAGUCUAGCUGGUCACCCGUCAAUUUUGCCAGUAGUACCUAAUCUACGGUGGCUGGCAGGUCAACCUAUCAUUUUCUGUCAAACAUCUGUAUUAUAUCUUCGACUUUAUUAUAUGUUCAUAAAGUCAAAAAUCCAAUGAGUAAAUUUGACAGUUUUGAGUUGUCUAAUCUGCUGGCCAUUGUACGCUUACCGUUUAAUUUAUGAAAUUAAUUAUUUUACUUUAUAUCUUUCCUAUCUUCUAGUCAUUUUUAAAUGUUUAUUAUUUUCUUUCUAUUUUUGUUUCCAUCCGCAUACCUACAUUUACUAAUUAAUCCAUUUUUUAUGAAGUCAUUGAUUUAUUGAUUUCAUUUUCGUAUUAAUUAUUUCAAAUCCUAUAAAAAAUUGACAAUCAUCUAUUUUGUAGAUGAGUGGGUCGUUUAUAGACUAUUCUGAGUGGAUACAAGGAAACAAACUCAGUAAACAACAAUUAAAACUCAUAUUAGAUUAGUAUUUUGAAUUUUAAAAUGACAAUAAAUGUAAAAUGUGCGGGUUUGAUAAUGUAAGAUGUUCAUAUACACAUGUUGACAAUUAAAUUAUUACUAUUAUUAUA